UCAUCAAUCACCUGCGCAUGCGUAUUGAAGUGCCGCAAUUAGCUAUUUUAACAGACGCAAAAUCUCUGCGAGAGGAAUUCCAGAAGAUGGCGACCGCCGUAGUGGUGUCCACUUCGAUUCCUGGAAACCUCGAGGAAAAAAGUGAAAUAAGCAACGGAAAGAUCGGGAAUCCUGAGGCUUGCAUCAAACAUCCCUUACAGAACAGGUGGACUCUUUGGUUUUUCAAGAAUGACAAAAGCAAAACCUGGCAGGCCAACCUUCGUCUCAUCUCUACGUUUGACACAGUUGAGGAUUUCUGGGCGUUAUACAAUCAUAUUCAACUGUCAAGUAACUUGAUGUCUGGCUGUGACUACUCUCUGUUUAAGGAUGGGAUUGAACCCAUGUGGGAGGAUGAAAGGAAUCGGCGUGGGGGCCGCUGGCUCAUCACCCUGUCCAAACAGCAACGGAAAAUGGAUCUGGACCGGUUCUGGUUGGAGACGCUUUUGUGUCUCGUGGGCGAAGCCUUUGAUGAUCACAGCGAUGAUGUUUGUGGAGCCGUCAUCAACAUCCGAGCCAAAGGAGAUAAAAUAGCAAUAUGGACCACAAACUGUGAAAACAAAGAGGCCAUCACACAGAUUGGUCGAGUUUAUAAGGAGAGGUUAGGCGUUCCACCCAAAGUGAUCAUCGGGUACCAGUCCCACGCAGACACGGCUACAAAGAGCAGCUCCACAACCAAGAACAAGUUUGUUGCUUAAAGGUUUUGGGUUUGUCUUCUUUCCUUGUUUUGUUUUUUUCAAAGUAACUGAAAGUUUAUUCACCAAAAGCCUUUUCUAAAAUGGAACAAGUCUUGCCUUUACUUUGUCAGAACAUUUGUUUGUGGUGAGAAUACAAUAAAAAAAUAGUAGGUGUAAAAUCCUAAUGAUUGACUUCAUCAUGGGAUAGAAAUGUAAGCAGUUUAUUGGAGGUGAUUCAUUUGUGUUCCAACAAUUCUCUCAGUUUUUACCUUUUUAAGUUGUUUAUGGAGAAUUGCUUAAUAAAGGUACAUGAAUUAUUUCUGCAA